AUGAAUCCAGAUCAUGUCCGACCAGACCGCAAAAAAGAGUCUGAGAAACUUCAUUGCAAGAAAUCACUAGUGAUGAAGAAGAAGAGUAUUGGUAAAACGUUUUCAGCUUCUGGCGACGCAAUUGAUUGGAUUUCUCAUUUACACGGAAGCUCGAGGAAGCUUCUGAGUGAGUUGUGCGCAGUUGAGAAUGAUGUGCAGUCCUUUGCUGUUAGUAAUUAUGGAAGUGUAGUGAAUUUCUCACUGAAAAGCCUUAUUGCUGAUCGAAUGCUGGCCAGAAAGAACAAGGCUCCGAGUACGCCAUCACCAAAGCAAGACCUCAAUAGAGAAUUUCUAUCAAUCCAAAAAGUUAUCGCAUCUGUUGACUUUAUAGACGGCGUAGUUGGUAUCAUCGAUAGAGAUUCGUGGCAAAAAACCACAAUUGAAGAUAAGGUAGAAUCAUCUCGUUUGUGUGUACGAAUUUGUGCAUCCACUUGCCAUGAAAGAGAAAGCUCCAUGCUAUUGGAUUUCUCAUCAUUAUGCGAACGUCUGAAAUCAUUCUCACUGUCACCUAUCGAGUACUCCAUGAUUCGUACAUUGGCAGUAGUCACGGCUGAUCGAAGUAAACUCUCCAAUACCUUUGGUUCGCAACUCUCCGCCUUCCAAGAGUCACUUCAUGAACUGAUGUUCCGGGAGAUAAAGUUAUCGCGGUCUAAGUCAUCUGCCUCAGCAGCCAAUUUUAUGGCAAAUUUGAUCGCUCAAUUGUACGAAGUUAAGGCGAUUUCGUCGACAUUGCUGUCAACGCUGCAAUGUUCAUUUCCACGCGACACCAUGCGAACGCUGCCAUAUCAAAAGAUUUUAACCGACAUCAUUAAUCCUGAAGUAGUCGAUCUUCUUAUCACAAUGUCCAGCCGUCAUCAGAAUGCUUCUGACCAGAAAAUCACUACCACCACACUAUCUUCAUUUUCAAAUUCACUGAUGACGAACAAUUUUUUUAUUCAGCAUGACAAUAUAUGUAAUAAUGGCUAUGCUCAUCAAUUCGCCACUCCACACUCUACUCAACGUCGAUCACUACGCUUUUCUUCCAAACUGCCAUUAACAAUGACGAAAUCAAUUGAGGAUAUGCUUUACUUCCCAGGAAUGGGAGACGACCCAAGUAUUAUGAACAGACCACUGGCCAGAGAUUGGGCUGACGGCUUGCAUCUCACGCCAAUUUUUAACAAGGACUUUGUUGAGCAGUUCUUUCCCGAAUUCUCGGAAACGCCAAUGAUUUAA